GCAAUUAAUUAUCGCUAGUGGUGCAUACACUUACAGUACAGUACAUACCUCACCUAGCGUGAGAGCGUUGACGCUGCAAUGGCGCCGCUUAUGACGUCCUCAGGGCCCAUUUUAUAGGUUUGGUUGAUCUACUGUAGCAGCCUCGGCCAAGCAGGCAAGCAUCUCAGCAAACAAACAAACCAACGAACGAACGAACGAACGGUGGUUCAUCGCCAGUCUGCUCUCAACCCGUUUUCUUCUUAUCCCUCGACAGUUGCAACUGCGCAUCACCUCGACAACCAUAAUAGCACGUUAUAAUGAAGCCUUGUUCGUUGCGAUAGACACAUCUUCGACAUGUCGCUGCCGACCUCGCCAGUCGAUGCUGGCGCAUCCAGCUACCCAGACAAUCCUGCGCCAACGUUACACACUCCUGAUAAUCGUGAUGAGACGGCGAUAACUUCUCUACCAAACGAAGUAACCGACGACGACGACACCCAUCGAUGUUUUAUAUGCCUGACGGACGAGCCAGAUGCGAACCUACCCACAGACUGGGUAACGCCCUGCCAAUGCAGUCUCGAAGGACAUCACUCGUGCCUGCUCACAUGGGUCGCAGACCUUGAGGCGCAGGGAAAGGCAGUCAAAUGUCCACUUUGUAAAUCCAAGAUUGAAGUCCUCGAUCGAUGGGAUCCGGCUGUACAGCUGAGCGAUACAAUAACUCGUUAUCUUUCCGGGUUUUCACCCAUGAUCCUAUUGAGCUUUGGUGUCGGCGGUGUCAUCAUGAGCAGCGCCCUCUACGGAAUGCAGGCGCUCGAAACUUUCGCAGGGCCCGAGGCCGCCAUAAGAUAUAUAUUUGUGGAACCUGAAGCCGAUAGCUACCUAGACGUCGUCCUUGGAAGAUUACGGAAAGCUUUGCCGGCCCUCAUACCAGAUAAUGCGGCUGCUGCCCAAGAGAUGCUAGGUAGACAGAAUAUUUCUGUCAAUGGAGGGGCUACUGUUGAUUGGGUACACUUUCUAAGCCUCACUCUUGUGGCACCAGCGCUCAUAAUGAACCGUAUGCCACUCUCGGAGGCGAUUAUGGUGCCUACCUCGCUCAUGUACGCCAUGUUUCUAAGUGAUCACAAAACGGACCUCCUGGCAUGGCCCCCAUCGGGACAAAAGGCGCUGCUAGCGUUCCCUGUGGCUAGAGCUUUCUACUUCCGCCUGCAUCGAGCUGCAUCUCGAAAUCUGGACCGGAGGUUAGCGGCUGCAACAGCAGCAGCAUUUAUUCAGGAAGGAGAGCCUGCUGCGCCAGCAGCGCCUCGAGGAGGUGAUCAUCCCGCUCCAGAGGAGGACGACGAAGAAGGUCACCACCUCAUCGAUAUUAAUUUUGACCUGAAUCUCGGCGAUGGCCACGGUGAAGAUGAUGUUGCGGAGCCUGCACUUGCAAACCAGGCACAAGACAACAACGCGGCACCUGUACGGCCAAAUCGAGGAAUUGGUGGGAUCUCAGCUAUUCUCAACUAUCUAGCUGGUGCACUCAUGUGGCCCACAGUAUCAUACGGGGCGGGAAGCCUACUACGUUUAGCAUUGCCGGCUUCCUGGGUGACCAAACCGCGGUCUGGUCCUAUCACGGGUAUAUUACAAGAAAGAUGGGGUCGAAGUCUAGUCGGAGGGUGUCUCUUCGUUGUUUUGAAGGACGCUUUCUUUCUCUAUGUCAAAUGGCGGAACACUCUAAAUAGGCAACACAGGCGAAUAAGGAAUGUUGAAAGGAGGGCGCGUCAAGAACAAGCGAUAUAACUACAUCACCCAUGGCCUAUUGUAGGAGGAACAGGUGUAUCUGAUCAAGAAGGAAGUCAAUCUAGCGAGCGAGUAUUGGUCUUUCUCUUUGCAUGUACUGAGAUGGUGAUAAUGAGCACUGGGCUUCGUGAGACGGUUAUGAGUACUAAUGCAUUUCGUGUCAUCA